AUGACUACUGUAUUGGAUCUAGAGAAAAACAGGUUGAGAGUGGAGCAAGAGGAAAAAGGUCACCUGUCACCCUACCCAACCGCCCUCUAUCUUUUGAGCGUUGGCUGGGGGAGUCUCCGCCAGAGUCGCCGCGGUUUCCUGCUUCAACAGUGCUCGGACGGGCGGGGGGCCGGGGCCGGCGCUCGUUUGCCCUCCGGGGCCGCCGCCCGGAGCCGGCCUGGCCACCUCCACCUCCACGCAGCGCUCUCGCCGCUCCCGCCCCGCCAGGACGCCGCGCCCGCGCAGGUGCGCCAGAAGCACCGCCGGGCCAGCGUGGAGCUCUACGCGUCCUGCGUCUCCUUGUCCGUGUCUUAUCGCUUGGAUCGUGAUGAUGUGGCUUUGAAGAACUUGGCCGAAUAUUUUCUCCACCAAUCUCAUGAGGAGAGGGAACAUGCUGAGAAACUGAUGAAGCUGCAGAACCAACGAGGUGGUAGAACCUUCCUUCAGGAUAUUAAGAAACCAGACCGUGACGAUUGGGAGAAUGGGCUGAAUUCAAUGGAGUGUGCGUUACACUUGGAAAAGAGUGUGAAUCAGUCACCACUGGAACUGCACAAACUGGCCACUGAUAAAAAUGACCCCCACUUGUGUGACUUCAUUGAGACUCAUUACCUGAACGAGCAGGUGAAAUCCAUCAAAGAAUUGGGUGACCAUGUAACCAGCCUGCGCAAGAUGGGGGCUCCCGAAUCUGGCAUGGCAGAGUAUCUCUUUGACAAGCACGCCCUGGGAAACAGUGAUAGUGAGAGCUAAGCCUUAGGCUGUCUUCCCAUAGCCACAGGGUGACUUCCCUGGUCACCGAGGCAGUGCACGCAUGUUGGGGUUACCUUUACCUUUUCUAUAAGUUAUACCGAAACAUCUACUUCUUUCAUUUGUA